AGCGUAUUUUUAAUAUCUUUGUGUGAAAACUCGCAAAUUCCAAGUUGGUACUUGUAUUUAGCUUAAUAUUCCCAGUACAGUGAUAAUAUUUAAUGAUUAAAACUACGCUUUGAACAUAAUAAAACUAAUCUAAUUUUCUGGCGUAGUACCUAGAUAGUAAGCUUGCGAUUAGCAACUCUAUUCUAGCUAUAAAUAGUCUUCUACCGCUAAACAAGCUUUCGAAGAACGUUAAAAUAGUUUUAUGUGAGGUGUUCUAGUGGCUUGUAUCCGCGACGUAGUUAUUGUGUGAAUCAGAUUUGAAUAUACAAAAACCAUGGCUCUUGCAGUCACAAGGGUGGUUUUAAGAUGUGAAGAUGCACAGGAGACUCAGGCUUUAGAUUUAUCAGAAUGCCAGUUGAUGCAAGUGCCAGAUGCGGUGUACCACCUCAUGCGACACACAGAGCUCAAGAGCUGUGAUCUCAGCGGAAACGUCAUCACCAAAAUACCUCCCAAGUUUGCAGUCAAGUUUAGUUUAAUCUCAGAGCUGAACCUGUCAAACAACCAGAUGGCGCGGCUGCCGGACGAGCUGUGCACCCUGGCGUGUCUGCAGCGGCUGGACAUCUCGCACAACAGCUUCGUGUCGCUGCCCCCCAUCGCGGCGCAGUGCCCCAGUCUGCACACCGUGCUGGCCCACCACAAUCAGAUUAUUGAGGUGGAUGUGGACAGACUGGCCAGAUCUCGCGCCCUGGAGUAUGUGGAUCUCAGUGACAACCCCAUCCCCCCAAGAAUACACGAGCAGCUCAAGCAACUCUCCAGACCUUCAGUCUCUGUCUCGGAGAGAGAACCAGAAGAAUGGGAGGAUCUCAUUGGUUAAGCGUUAACCAAUCAUUGAAGACUAUGCAUUCAGGGCCAGGUGUAACCCUGCAGGGAUUGGUGCAAUAUAAUGCCAAAUGAUUUUUACAAAUAAAUUGUGUCUGGCCCUAUCUUAGCUGUGAUUUAUCUCUGUACAGAGACCAAUAUAUGGACAUGACUCUGAUUAAGUUGUAACUAUAUUGUGAAUAGAAUAAUGUUUAGAUGAUGUUUUAUGUAUUGUCAUAUUGAGAUUAUUAUUCAUUUAAUAUUGUGUGUAUUGCUUUCUAAAUUGAAGUAUUUUUGUACUUAAAUCCAAAUGAAUUCAAUCAUUCUAAUCAGUAUUUACAAAAUGAUAUUAUGGUUGUUGGAUUUUUAUUGAAUAUAAUAAAAUUUGUGAGAUGCUUAGGUUGUGUACUAACAGAAAUAUAUUGAAUGUGCUAGUCCAUCUUUAUGAGUACAGAAAUGUGUUUCUAACGAUAUUUAGUUCUUAAGGAACUUAGGGUAGCGAUAUUAAGAUUAAUGUACUUAAUUACAAGCUUGCAAAGACUGUUAGGUGUGCAAGUCUCAGUGAUUAUUAUGAGAGAGUAUUCAAAUAAAUAAAAUGAAAAAUAAAAUGUGUAGGUUCAGGAAUCAGAUUUUAUCAUGCGAAUAACCUACGUAUAAAAUUUAUUUCAAUGUGUAUUAAUUUCAAAUUACUAUAUUUUUUACAAUACCGACCAAAGUAAAGGUCAUUGUAGUGUGUAUUAAUAAUCAAUAUUGGUAUGUUGUGUUAAAUUCAGUAUCUAUACUUACCUAACGAACGGUUGAUUGACUGAUAAAGAGUAUUGUUUAAAUCCAAUUUCAUUCUACCUGUUUGAUGUUAUUUAAGUCUUUUGAUGGUUUUUAAAUCAAAUUAUUGACAAAAGAAAUAAAGAGCAUUUGGUGCGAUCGGAAAAA